AUUCGUCGACAGCGGUAUGCUGAAGCCGCGAAGCUGCACAGAAGUUUCUGCCAAGCUAUACAUACUUUUCAACCGUUAAGACCUGAGCAGGAGAGGCGCAGCUCCAUUCAGCGCAGCAGCUGCUCCAUUCUCUAUGUGCCCUAUCCUUUAGGCUGCGUGUGGUCAGUUCCGGAGGGACCGGGACCUUAAGUUUUGAUGGCUACCAGUGCCAUAGAUCCGAUGGAUGCAUGGAUGAACCGUUACCGUGCUUUCGCGGAAGGUGUGGUGAUUAUGGUCUGCCCGGUGCUUCUUGCGAUUGCACUGAAGAAGGUUGACCUGAAGAGCGAGGAACAUGGGCGUGCCGUCCCAACCACCAUGCUUGUGGUAGCGACGGUCACCUUAGUUGCCGGUAUUUGCCCCUUCCUUGUCUGCUGUCGUUUCGCCAAGAGAUUCUUCAAUGGGAGCUCGUUAAGUUCCCCACACACUGUUACCAUGUUGCUGGCGCCUUUAUCCAGCACAUGUUUAGUGGCACUUGCCUGUUGGAUCAUAUACCUCAUCCUACACAGCUGGGCAUUCCCUGUGAUCGGUGCCCUCAUUGGACUCUGCUCCGUGAUCCGUACCGUCACGCACUUCACAACCGCUGCGAGAGAAAGAAAUGCUGCAACUGCAAUGGGAUGUGAGGAGGAGUACGACUGCAAUAAAAUGGAGAGUUCACUUGAUUUCUUGGCUGGUAUAACUGCACUGCUGUUUCUGGGACUGGAAGGCCUGGCUCUGGAGGGUCAGAUUAACAGCACCAAAGCAAUAAUACACGAUCGUCUUACCAAACCAAUCGGCACAAGCUUCAUUGUUUGUGUUGUUUGUGUGGGAUUAAUGCUCCUUGAGACGAUGCCUCCUCGCAAACUCAUAAGAAACCUGACAGAGACUAUAGAUAUUUUUACGGGUUUUGCCGUCUGUUCGGCUAUGUUCUUCAUUAUGUACGCACUCAUGAAACUGAGAGCGUUGCUUCUGCUAGUAGCUCCGUUCCUGAUCCUCAUGAUGUAUGUGUUCUAUGCGGCUACCAGCAAGGAUAAGGGCAACAACAAUCACAGGGGUGCUAGUGCUAACGGUGAUGAAGAAUCACCUGUUAUUAGCUGUAGUGCGGACGGUGAUAAACCAGCGUCACUUGAGCUAACAAAGGUUACAUUUACUGGAUUCCUGGCGGUGUCGAUACCAAGCAUCAGCAAUGGUUCAGUCAACAUGUCUACCGAAUGUUUCUUGCACCUUGCAGCAACAGCUGUUGUCUCAGGUCUCAUAUGGAGGCUCCUAACGCAUUACAAGUCACAGACCACCAUUGCAACUAUUGCAGAUAUUGCUUCUUUCUGCACCCAUCUCUGUGUUGCAGUUGCUGUAAUUCCAUUUACAUUAAUGGCCGGGAAGGCUCUCUCAUGAUUUUGUAGUAUGAUGAAGCAACUGAUAAUGUUGAAUAAUCACCGUACCUGUGACUUCA